CUGUUGUUGCUGCUGCUGCUGCUGCGCGCACGCAGCACGCUUAUUCAGUUAGUUAGAAAUUCUCAUGCCGCCUGGUCGAACGAGUCAGCACUCGUACUCAUCGUAGACCCAAAGAUUCGACGUGUGACCGAAGGACGUCGCGUGUUCGCGUCACGUUGCACAGCGGCCGUUGUGCGACCACGAGUCUUGCCCGUGAACGGCGCUCCAGCGUGUCCUUACCUCGACGACAGCUGUGAUCGCGCAGCGAUUGCGUCGCGACUUCUCGCGGUGAGCGAUAAAGAUUUCAAUCGGGCUGAGUUGAGUGGCUGAUAGCCUCCGCCCUCGUGACGGAGGGGCGUAUUCGGCACGGCCUGUCAGAUCGGCCGAGCACGGCGCAUUUCCUUUCGCCGCCGCUGGUAGUUGCGGAAGCAGCCUCCAACGAUGGCCUGGACAAAGUACCAAGUAUUCCUCGCGCUCAUGCUCGUCUUCACGGGCUCCAUCAACACUCUGGCGACCAAAUGGGCGGACUCGUCGCUUUCAGUCGGUCGAGACGGCAAGCUGAGGCUCUUCGACCAUCCUUUCCUGCAGGCGGUCGGCAUGUUCUUGGGGGAAAUGUCGUGCCUGUUGGCCUUUCGCGUGGUCUUCUUCUACUACACGCGCAAGGCCAAGGCAGGCGAGGCUGUUGAGCUGCCUCCCAGUGUGAGUGGCAGCCGAGACUUCAACCCGCUCAUCUUCCUCCCUCCAGCCAUGUGUGAUCUGGUCGGCACCUCCAUCAUGUACAUUGGGCUCAACCUGACCUAUGCUUCCAGCUUCCAGAUGUUGCGAGGUGCUGUGAUCAUCUUCACGGGGCUGCUGUCAGUGGCAUUCCUUGGGCGUCGGCUGAGAUCAUACGAGUGGAUUGGCAUCCUCGCAGUCAUGUGUGGCCUGGUUGUGGUUGGCCUGUCCGACAUCCUCUUUCCCGACAGCCAUGCAACCAAGGGCCCCAACAGCAUCAUCACCGGUGACCUGCUCAUAGUGCUGGCUCAGGUGAUCACUGCUUCUCAAAUGGUGAUCGAGGAAAAAUUUGUCACCAAGUACAAGGUGGCACCACUUCAGGCUGUCGGCUGGGAAGGCUUUUUUGGCUUUGUGGUGCUGGGCCUCUUGCUGGUGCCAAUGUACUUCAUCCCAGCAGGCAACACGAUCUUCCAGAACCCUGGUGGUCAGCUGGAGGAUGCCAUCGAUGGCUUCAUUCAAAUCAAAAACAGCUGGCACGUCACUUUGGGUGUCGUCGGCACGGUGCUGAGCAUUGCGUUUUUCAACUUUGCUGGCAUCAGCGUGACGAAGGAGCUGAGUGCGACCACUCGCAUGGUCCUGGACAGUGUGCGAACUCUGGUCAUCUGGCUGUUUUCGCUGGCCGUGCGUUGGCAGAGCUUCAACUGGACACAGAUAGUGGGCUUCAUGGUGCUCAUCCUGGGCAUGUUCCUCUACAACAAUGUCAUAAUCCGCCCCUUCCUGAUAAGGCAGGGCUGCAUCAGGGACACCGAUGCGCAGGACGACCUCAGCGGGCUGAUUCAAGAAGAGCGGCCACCGGGUUCAUCUCGGCCACCUUCCAGUACGGACGAAGCAAACCCUUGAUGUUGCUGCUCUACUGGGCACAGCGGUGCCUACUGGUCGCCAGAGCGUAGCACACUCAAGCAGGCACUCGGCUCACGAAAUCGUCAGAACUGUGGUUGGCCCUUCUAAAGGUGCUCACGAUAGGUGGUUUUCUUGAUGAGUUAGUGUAAAUGUUUAUAAGGUUGCAGUCCUUGGGACUGCCUUGCAACAUUAGUUGGUUCGUUAGUUAUCCUGUGGUGCGGCUAAUGAUGUUCACAACACGGCCAACCUCCAAAGCACCAGACAGGCGUUUGCUCUCUGCGUUUCCUGGGACUGGAGUAUACUGGUGUCCCUUCUUUGGCUCUCAAUAGGAGCCGCCUGCAGUGCAGUGCCUUGAGAUGCUCGGUUGUGCCAGUGCGAUUCCAUGCAGCCUCGGUGCGUGCCUGGAAGGAUCCCCCUGAAACGGACCAGUGCUGCAAGAUUUUGGGGCUAUGGACUUCUGCCAUCGGCCCAACUGUGCAACUGUGACAUUACUUUCUUUGUUUUAUUGCUGGCAGAAAUGUUGUGAAGACAUUUCGUGUGGCACUGCGUGCAUUCUUAGGGGCAGUGUGUGCCUGCUAGUAAGUUACAUAAGAAUUGUGCAAUGCUAGAAUGUUAUGGCUGAGCCGUCCCAAGGCCCUGCAGUGUCUCGAGCAAGGCUUGAUAUGACAAGCUUGUAAAUGUGAAUCUGGUGGGCAAUCUUGCUUUCUGAGGGAGAUGUCUUUUUUUCUUUCUUUUGUAGCUGGUGUGAGAUUUGUUUUGAAGUUCAUUUAAAGCAGCACAGUUUGAGGCGCUGUUGCCUAAGGCAUGCAGUGCCUGUGGUACCAUAGGAGAAUCUCUGUAGUUGAGUACUUAUCUCCUAGCUGCCGAUGGAUACCUCACAUCAGUGCACUGCAUGUUUAUUGCUACACAUUGCACCGUCAUGAUGCACGCUUCUGGUGCUGCCACUACUUCGGCUAGUGUUGUCCUUUUAGGAUAACGAACAGUGCUGGUAUUCUGUGCCAUCCAAAGGUGCAAGUACUUUAAACACUUGUUCUUGUAGCAUCUAAUGAUCAUUGAUAAUUUACUAUAAGUCACAUUUCAAUGUAGUACUUACAGAAAUAUUUUGUGCACACAUACGUUCAUGAUUUUACUUUAUGCAUACUUCCAUGUGUAGCAUCUUCUAGCUGUUGUGCAAACUUGGAGCUAGCAAGGUUCAAGAUAUGCGAGAUGUAUUGAAACUGGACUGUUGAAACGUGGAAAUUUUAGCACUUGUGUGCAUUCAUUGUGGUUUAACUACGCGCUUGAUAUUUUCAUGCACGGGGCACAGCUUGUUUUUAGUUAUGUUGAUAUUAUUGGUUCCCUGACUAAACUUUUAACUUGUCUGUUAGAUGGCCAUGUUGGCUUCAACGAAGUCUGUGAUGUACUACUGGAUGACUAGUUUCCUGUGUCCUUCAAGAUUCUCCAUCUGUAAUAAAGGUUAUAUGUCUA